GCUGACGACGGUCCGUGUUGUCAGGAAGUGCUCCGCUCCGUUUUUCAGACCUAACCUGACUACAAGGAGGAGCAGCUGUUUGACACCCCGCCGCUGGAACAUCACAGCCAGCGUUUCAUGGUAAACCAGGAGCUGCGGGGGCAUAAAUGCAGCGGUAGAGAGACGUGCUGGUCCGAGUGGACGGUUCUGGGUCAGCCAUUGAGACAUGGAGAGCUACAGCAGUGGUCGGCCAUGGGGGAAGCUCGUCAAAGUGGACUCCGAUGAAACGGUUCUGCUUUUCACCAAGGAAUGUACAGUUGGCAGAAAAAAGGGCUGCUAUCUGUCCUUUCCAUCCAAUAAACUUGUCUCCGGUGAGCACUGCAAGAUAGUGAAAGAUGAACACUCAGGGCUGGUCUGGCUUGAAGACACAAGCACUAACGGCACAGUGAUCAACUCGUCCAAAGUGGUCAAGAAGCAGACUCAUAUGCUGCAGAACGGUGAUGUCAUCUACUUUGUGUACAGGAAGAGUGACCCCGACCAAAACAUCGCCUAUGUUUACCACUCUUUAAACAUGGAGGCCGCUGUUCCAGAAGGCAGUUAUCAGAGGCCAGCCUGCAGCCUUUUUCCGGUUCUGGCUUCAGAGAUGGCCCUUUCUGUGGAACCCGUAAUCCUCACAAGAGCUCCUUUAGAACCAACGCAGGAGGAGCCUCAGCCUUCCACCUCCGCUUCCCACUUUUGUAGUAAGAAGCCCUCGUCAAAAGCCCCCGUUUCAUCAGCUUCUUCUGCUUUGGGCCAAGUUAUGGAUGGAGCCUCGGGAGCAGAAGAAAACUCAGGCAACCGGGAGCCAGAAUGCAAAAAGAGGAGAACAGACGAUGAUGUGACAGGAUCAGCUAAGGGGGAUGUUCCGUCUGCACCGCCAGUGAAAGAGACUAAAACGGACAAGAUGGAGGAGUCGCUGACAUGCGUCAUUUGCCAGGACCUGCUGCACGACUGCAUCAGCUUGCAGCCUUGCAUGCACGUUUUCUGCGCCGCCUGCUACUCUGGCUGGAUGGAGCGCUCGUCCCUGUGUCCCACCUGCCGCUGCCCCGUGGAGAGGAUUUGUAAAAACCGCAUUCUGAACGACCUGGUGGAGGCCUACCUCAUCCAGCAUCCAGAGAAGAGUCGCAGUGAGGAGGACCUGAAGAGCAUGAACAGCCAAAACAAGAUCACUCAGGACAUGUUGCAGCCCAAAGUGGAGCGUUCCUUCUCUGAGGAGGAGGGCAGUUCAGAUUACCUCUUUGAGCUGUCUGACAAUGACAGCGACUCUUCAGACAUUAGUCAGCCCCUUCUGAUGUGCAGGCAGUGUCCGGGCUACAUGCGGGAUAUGGGCCAAGUUCUGUUUGCUUCGAGCUCAAACUAUUGGCUCACUGGUCUUCCAACUCUGCCACCUGUCCAGCCUCCUGCCACACCUGCGAGUGGGGAGAGGGCAGCACGGCCGGCCGGGGAGCAGCCCUCCACGUCCUCCGACCGGCCCUCUGCACCGCAGGAGUACUGCUGCUCCCCUCAGGGCCGCCACCUCAUCUGCACCUGCUGCCUCCAGCCGAUGCCCGACCGGCGGGCCGAGCUCAACAACCAGCAGCAAGUUAUCGCUCAGCAAUGUAUGCUGUGCCAGAGUCCGUUCUGCCACAUGUACUGGGGCUGCCAGAGGAUUGGCUGCCAUGGCUGCUUGGCUCCAUUCAGUGAGCUCAAUCUGACUGAAAAGUGUCUGGACGGCGUGCUGAACAACAACGCAUACGAGUCAGAGGUUCUACAAAACUACCUUUCUGCUACGGGGAAGACAUGGAAAGAUCUGCUCCAGGAGUCCUUGCAAGGCUUACAGGAGGGAAAGUUUCUCCUGACAGAUUGUCGCAUCUCCGCGGGCACCCUGCUGUGUUUCUGCUGCGGCCUGCGAGCCUUCAAGGAGCUGGCCUACAAGUACAGACAGAACAUCCCUCCGGCCGAGCUGCCAGCUUCCGUGACGUCUCGUCCCGACUGUUACUGGGGCCGUAACUGCCGCACGCAGGUGAAGGCGCAUCACGCAGUAAAAUUCAACCACAUAUGUGAACAGACGCGUUUCAAGAGCUGAAGGAGCCGGACGUUGGGUUCUUCUGAGUCAAAUGCACAUGUGAAACACGAACUCGAUGCGUUUCGCUCUGCCCGCCGUAGACGAACCCGCCUUAUGCAAUUGCCUAAUGCACAUAUUAACAAUCAGUGUCCAUUUACAACAAUGACCGUGUCUCCACAGAUAUUCAGGAGAGCGGGAUCUAUGCACAUUAGGAUUAUUCCCUUUUGAGUGGAGGUAUUUUCACUCGAGCAAGUUGCUGUUGCUCAGAAUAAACACAGCGAAACAGCCGACAUCUGGUAAAGAAAUCAUUUGUUUAGGUGGUGAAAUGGUUAAUGUCGCCGUCACCCUGGGCAACAAACACUUAAAUUUUGUUGUUAGAUUAGAAUCGGUUUGUGUAUGGAAGAGGAAUACGUACGCAUGCUAAACAAGUCGCUUUUUUUUUUCCUGCUUUUCUUCAUGAGAGAAUUAUUUUUGAACGUUUUCCCAAUAUGCUAACGUUAUUAUUCAGGGAUUUCCAUAACUCAUUACAUCUAAAUAAUCAUGUGACAUAUAUUUACUAAGUAAAUUACAAUGGCAUUCAUCUAUUUCACUAACUCUACACAGAAACUGAAAGUUUUGUGUAGAGUUUUGUGUAGAGAAAGAAUCAUCACGCUAUGUAUGUCAGCUUUCUUUUUCUUUUUCUUUUUAUUUAAGCAAUUGCAGGUUGAAAUGAAUGAAAACUCAAAAAUGACCUGGGGGUUGGAGGGACCAGCAGAAAUGCAUCGUCUAUUUUCAUUGAAAGUAAGCCACAAAAAGUGAUUGGUCAAAGGAUCUGGAAAGUUGAGUGGAAGGAGAAAAAAAAAGAGUGGCGCAUCUUGAGUUUUCAUGUGGAAUUACUUCGCUAAAUUACCUUUCUCUUCCAGCUUAUUCAGAUGCACUCAUAAGGGUCACCAGAACAGUAAAGUAUUUUCAUUCUAAAGCAGUCCAUCACAAUGCUAUACGUUGCUAGCAUGAGCCAGUUAAGUAUAACCUCUUAGGGAUCGUUUUUUUCCUGCUUAUAAAACUGCGUUUCAAGGCAAAAGCAAAACACACACACACUAAUUGCAAUCCAGUGAUAUCUGUACAGGAUUUUGCUGUUGCCGUGUAGUAAGGGCUAAUCUGUGUGAUGAAAUGCGUUGCUUCCUUCUGUAGAACUUCAGCGAGGAAAAGUGACACCAAGUCAGAGCAGCUGCGACUCUCGGCUGCGUUUACGGGAAACUCUUCGAUGGCUCAAGCCAGUGAGAGGCGCAGCGUGCGCUCAGUGACUCACAUUAAUCUUACCUCUCUUCAGAGCGUUGAUCUCUGUUGAUUUUUCUCUUAUCGCUCCUCAGGUACACAACACUUUCACUUUGAAACUUUCUUUGCAAAAUGGGCAAAGAAGGGGACGGGGGGAAUCAGAAGUGCACUGACAUCCUCUAUAAGACUAUCAAUAUCUCAGAUUAUUGACGUAGUAACAACUGGACAAAUCAUGCUUGUCUUCUAGUUUGUCUGGCUGACACUUCUAUAUAGUAGAUUUAAAGGUUUUUUUCUAUUAAAACUCUAAAUGUAUCACUAAUCUUCCGUUUAUUAGUGUGUUGAAAAUGGUGACGGAUGUAAAAAAGUAGAAAUGCUUAAAGCAGGUCUUAGAAAGGCCAAGUUUCAUGUGGAUUUCUUAUUGAUUUUUGAAAUAUAUGCAGAUUUCUUUGUUUUUUUUGUCUUGGACAUGGAUGAUCUUUACUCAAGUUUCUCACAUUUAAGAGAAAGCUCAAAACAUUACUGAACAUCCUGAUGUACGUGUAACUUUUAUCAUAUUUAGUUUUAUGUUGCCUGUUAAAUCGACGAGGCAAAUAAAAAAUCGUAGUUAAAGGGCACUUUCCUGUUUCUACCUUCGUAUGUGUGGGGUUAGGUCACAUGUUUUCUGUAUUUUAAAUUUAUUUUUUUUAAUUAUUUCAUGCUGAGUCUAAAUAUGCAUUCUUAGCAGAUCAACCUGAUCCUCCCCCCCCCCCCCCCCUACACACAGACGAGUUUUAAUUAUUCACUGCAGGAGAUCCGGCUGGGCUAAAAACAAUCCCAAGCCGCAGGUUUCAUUCUACCUCAUCGCAAUACAUAUGAACGAAGUUUGGAUUCAAAAGGGACGACAGACAGAAGCUGCAUGUGCUUCCUCUGGAAAGGGGGGAUGUAAAUCUAAAUGCCUGUAACGCUUGGAUGCAUUGCACUAUUUUAAGAAUGACUCUAGAGAUCAUAAUCAAGCUCUAGUUGGAUCGUAAAUCAGUGGGGAGAUGCAGGAAUUUUGUCGUGGACUUUGAGAAAUGUACGUUUCGUGGCGUCGGCAGCACCGAAACUGUUUGAAAUGCCUUCAGCUCUGACUUCUGAUCAUUCAAAUAUAAUAAAAUGUAUAUAGUUCAAAAGGA